AUGCCUUUUUAUUCCAAUGGGGAUUUUUUCACUUUGAUAGCCAAAUCAGUUAACAAAAAACUAUUUCUCUCCUCAAAAGUCAAAGAUUAUAUGUUUAAGGAAUGUCUUCAAGCUGUUAAAUUUAUUCAUUCAAAAAAUAUCGUUCAUAGAGAUAUAAAAUUAGAUAACUUUUUGAUUGAUGAAAAUUGUGUUUUAAAAUUAACCGAUUUUGGAAUGUCUAUUGAUUUACAUGAAUUGGACGAAGAAAGCAGUAUCUUUAACAACGAAUGUAAUCAAAAUAUUAGAAUUGGAACAAAAUCAUAUAGAGCUCCUGAACUUUGUGACAACUAUAAUAUAAAUUCAAAUAAUAAUAAUAACAACAGUAGCAACAGUAGCAGUAAUGGCAACACUGUUUCAAAUAUCACCAAAAUUAAAAACUACUAUAAACUCGAUGUUUGGUCAUUAGCAAUAUCUUAUAUAUUAUUAUCCUCGAACAUUUCCAAACCUUGGGAAAUUGCUGACAAAAAAUCCUGUCCUUCUUUUAAAUGCUUUAGGGAUCUUUACAUCAACAACGAUCUCAACAAUAAAAUUAGAAUUAAUAACACUGACAAACAGAAUUCUUGGAUCAAAAAUUUGGUUAAAGUUAAUAAUACGAAAGAAACUGAAAAGGUCCUUAAUUUUGUUGAAAGGUUAAGUUUUGAUAGUAAGAGUGUCGUUCUUAAAAUGUUGAAUGUAGAUCCAAACACCAGAGCAUCGAUAAAUGAUGUUUGGGACAGUGAUUGGAUGAGCAAUAGAGUUGACUUUUGCACCAGAGAGGAGUUGAGGGAAUCUGUUGAGAGUAUACUUAGGUAA